AUGGCCGCAGUGAUCAAGAAUAAUGCAGAAGAUACAAAGCAGGCACUUUUGUCCCCCAGACCCAAAGGCCGGGAAAAUGCAAAGGAGACUCUGUGUCGCAACGUCACCAUCUACGGGAAAUGCCGAUAUGAAGACAAAGGAUGUACCUUCAACCAUUCCCACUCUACCCGAGGAAGCAGUCGGUCCAAAAAGACGCUCAACGUCGACUCGCCCAGUUUCACGCCUUCUUCCCUAUCUCCUAAUGGCGCAAUCGCCAUCAAGAAAUCAACAACUGGCAUAUCUCCGAAGGCGGCAAGUGCUGCGCCGUUCACGCCAAAGGCUAUCAUCUCCAGAUCGUCGAACGCUACUCCUCUCCGACAGGAUGCUAAAACACCGGAGUGGGCUUUGCCUGACGUCCAAGAGUUUGUUCCCAGACGAGUCCAAGAACCUUCGCUGACAAGUGAAAGCGAGGUUUCUAUACCUCAUACUUAUGAAACGUUUCAGUCAAGCCAUGCACCAAAUCCAUAUCUCGACCAUAGUAUCAAUGGCGCCGCUUUCUACCAAAAUACUCCCACGUUUCAACAGCCAGUCCAAUACCACCAAUAUGCGCCGAUUGGGCAAUAUAACGCGGCUCUCACGCCAUACCAACGUACAGUGCAUGACCUUUUUAUCUCCAACGAUCUUCGAGAGGAAAUUCAAAAGAAAUCCGCAGCAGCUCUUCAAAUAUUACCCAAUUCACAACUACCGAACCACAUUGAGAAUUAUCACUCUCUUGUUCCCCUCGACACAGCCCACAAAAGUUCAACCAUAUUCGGAGGUUAUACUUCCUGGGUAUAUAAAGCCCAAUCAAGCGCCAACGGGCACUUCUUCGCCCUGCGAAGGAUUGAAGGUUUUCGUCUAACAAACGAGCAUGCAAUCCGCGCCGGCCAAGCCUGGAAGAAUAUCAUAAGUGCUAAUGUCGUCCGGAUUGUCGACGUCUUCACAAACCGAAGCUUUGGCGACUCGUCCCUCUUCGUCGCCACGGAAUACCAUCCCCUCUCCAAAACCCUUGUGGAACACCAUCACCUUGGACAUUCAUACAACCCUCGACCCGCUCGCAAAGACCAAGCCACUGAGCCCGCGCUCUGGAGUUACGUUGUACAAAUCGCCUCGGCACUGAAAACCAUUCAUAACUCCGGCCUGGCCGCUCGGGUCCUCGACCCGAGUAAAAUUCUCGUCACGGGAAAGAACCGCAUUCGCCUAAACGGCUGCGCCAUCCUCGACGUGGUGCAAUAUGACGCCAACACCCACACGCCUCUCGGCCAAGUCCAACGACAAGAUCUCGUCAACUUCGCCCUUGUCAUCCUCGCCGUUGGCUCAGGAACACUUGAUGCGGGCCAAAACUUUGCCCGCAACAUGGAUACGUUCAAGCGCUUUUUCAAGCCCGAGCUCCAAAACGCCGUGGUGUGGUUAUAUUCUGCAAUGCAGAACUCGGAGAAAACCAUAGACGGAUUCGUCACGCUGAUCUCCAACCAAAUGAUCACCGCCUUUAAUGCCGCCCUCCACGCAGAUGACGCACUAUAUUCUGAGUUAGCCCGCGAGGUCGAAAAUGCGCGCCUCGUCCGCCUCAUGGCGAAAUUAAAUUUCAUCAACGAACGACCUGAACAUAAUCAUGACCAAGCCUGGAGCGAAAACGGGGAACGCUAUUUCCUCAAGUUAUUCCGUGACUAUGUCUUUCAUCAGGUCGAUGCGCAGAAUCGGCCCGUUGUGGAUCUGGGACAUGUUUUGACGUGCCUGAACAAAUUAGAUGCAGGAACAGAGGAGAAGAUCACGCUGGUGAGUAGGGACGAACAGAGCGUGUUUGUGGUGAGUUACCGCGAGUUGAAAAAGGGGAUGGAGAGCGCAUUUCAGGAUUUGGUUGGAAAGAGAGGAGGGCCUUUGAGGUAG